AUGAACGAUAUGCCGUGGACCAAAAACGGCGAAAGCGCUGCGGCUUCAUGGAACGGAACCCGCUAUCGAGAUGCCUCUGCUCCCCCGCCUGCUGUGAAUGUGCCUAGAAAUAAUGCUGACAUCAUCUGCGUGUCCAGAACAGAGGCCUUUAUUCUAGGGGAAGGAGAAAAGAAAAUUGAAGAAAAGGCAGAUACACGAACUCCAUCCACAUCUAUAUUCACCAUUAAUAAAGAAGACCACUCCGUGGGUAAUCUUCUCCGUGGCCGGCUGCUUCAGAACCGUCAUGUCACCUUCGCUGCUUACAAGAUCCCACAUCCUCUUGUACACAAACUCGAGCUCCGAGUACAAACAGACGGCGAGAUAACGCCCAAGGAUGCUCUCAUCGCGGCUUGUCACGACACUGUCCGAGAUUUGGGUACAUUAUCUCGAGAGUUCACCAAGGAGUUUGAACUGAGGAAAAUGGUGGGCGCGUCUCAGCAUCAGAAUGGGACUCAGGAUGGGUUUUGA